AUGCUGGUAUUGCUACUGCUGUCAACGGCGUUCGCCGUGCAGGGCUACGGGAAAAGCAACGAUCCGAACGACGAGCCCUUCCUACCGAUAUACCCCGUGUACCCGUACAGCCCUAAACUGAUCAAAAGAGGAGCCGACAGGGAGUCGUCCACGCAGCUGUCUCCGGAACUUUACGCGCCGAAAGUCGACGCUAAAGACUCGUACAGCGCCAGUUUCAGCAGUAAUUACCCCCGAGAUCCUUAUUAUCCUAAUUACAACCUCUAUUCCAAGGCUACCACUCCAUCCAGCUAUUCGUACGGUUCCGUUCCGUACGCGUAUCCAACAACAGCGUAUCCAACGGCACCGUACCCAACGUCGGCGUACAGCGACUACAAUUCGUACUCUUCUCCCUACGCGAUGGCACCGCCUUCUUAUUCGGCGGUUCCUUACUCGGCCUCCUAUCCUAAUUACUAUUACCAACCGCCUUACUAUUAUCCUAAUUAUUACACUCAGCCUUUGUACCCGCCGCCGCCGAUGCCACCGCCCACCGGGGACUACUCCAACGACCCGUACUCCGAGCCCAACGACAAAAACGGCAGGAAGAAAUCGAACGGAGAGAAAAGGUACAGAGGCAACGACGCCGACCAAGACACUGUGGGUAAUCAGUACGUGGACGGGGGUAACUAUAUUUCUGGAAACGGAAAGGAUCUCGAUGGUCAAUCUAGCACUUAUAAGAGCAGCAGUCCACGGAACCAAUUGGAACAGUUGAGCGAUCUACGCGUUAAGAAUCUGCAAAUUCCGGUCCCAACGACGAGCUACAGAGUGAUCAGCGUAGCUGGUCAGCCAGUGGGCCCCGAUUAUCCUCUACCAGCACCUUAUUUAAAGGCCCAGCAGCUGGAGGAGCUGAUGAGCCAGACCUGGGCCAAGAUGAUGGCGCAGAAUUUGCAACAACAAUCCGCUCUGUUACGCGCGAACGAAGCGAACAAGGAUUCUCAAACGGGCUCAAACCAGUACGCGAACCAGAACGAUCGAAGCAUCGAUGGACAACGCUAUGUCUCCGUUCCAAAUGUGAUCGCCAAGACCGGUCUGGCUUACAUCGUGAACCCUAAUAUUCUGGGGAAGCUGAACGUCGGUCAGAACCAUCCGGUGCAAACGUCGAUGAACCAACUCAAAGGUAUCAAGUAUCCGCUAACGCCAGGCGUUUAUACCGCUGUUGAGAAAACGAAGGAGCAAACCGAUUCUGGCGAGUACGACACCUACGAGAACCCGUCCUCCCAGGGUACUCAGGAUUACGACAGUAGUUUGAGCCAGACCGACAAGCAGCCCCAGAAUUACGAGAACGAUUCUGGACAGUAUUAUCAGAGCCCGAACAACUUUGUCACGGCGCAGCCACCCAGGGCGUACAGUUAUCAGUACUCCGGCUACAAUCCGUCGCAAACGUCCACGCAGCAGCAGCAAACGCAGCAGUACAAGAACAACUUGGAGGACGUGAACUUUGGCGCCAAGACGAAGAAAGGGUAG